CAAAUAAAAAGAAAAAGGAAAUUAUUUCGUCACUGCAACGACGCCGUGUCGAGAAGAAAAAUCUCGAGUUUACUGCUUACCGAAGAAUUUCAGGCUCAGCCUGUGACAGCAAAGUCGGGCGGUGGUCAAACUCAGUAAAAAAAAUAAAGAAAACAGAAUAGCCAAGCAAGAAGCCGAAGCAUAUCGGAGAUGGGAGAAGAAGAAGAUCCACAGAAGCUGAGGAGAAUCGCCGCGGCGGCGUACGACUACGACAACGACCCGAGAUGGGCGGACUAUUGGUCCAACGUUCUCAUCCCUCCUCACAUGGCUUCCCGCCCCGAUGUCGUCAAUCACUUCAAGCGCAAGUUCUAUCAGCGCUACAUCGUAAUUUAACUCCUCCUCUUCCGCGUAACUUUAUUUGAUCUUAUAUAAACAAUUUCAUUGAAUGUUUAUUUGAUCUGAGCUUGAGAUUGAUUCAAUCUGCUUGCUUGUUAUUGUUAUUAUGCAUUUAGGGUUUAAUUUCUUUUGAUGCCUUCUGUUUUUAGUUACCAAUCGAUUAACUUUUUCUUCUAAGUGUACCGGAAUUGGGUCGUUUCUAUUGUUAUUCUUGAAUGAUUUCUUAUUCAGUUGAGCGUUCUGUGUAAAUGAGUGGCAGGGUUUACAAUGGUUCUCUCUAUUCCUUUUGGGGAUUUAUUUGGUUAUCUAAGUGUUUUGCAGCUUGUUUUCUGCUACAGAGUUAUUGGUGUUUGUUUGUCUAGUGCAUUUGUUUGCAGGGCAUAUUGCUAUUCUUAAUCAUCAAAUGUUCGUUAUGAUUUUUCUAUUUUGGGUUCAUUCUAGCAUUUACUACUGUACAAUUCUGCUCGUAGUUUCAUCCGGAGACGUUUUGGCAAUGCCAUAUGUUGCUUUCAUGUGGACCCUUUUGUUGUCGCGCUUAUGUUUACGCUCCUUCACAGGAUCCGGAUCUUAUUGUUGAGCCAAUGUCUACUACUAGUUCUUCCCAGGCGUCAAGACCAUCAGGAAAUCAGACAUCAUCAUCAUCAUCUUCGUCGACUUCAAAUGGCCAGUCACGACAACGUAAUACAGGUUCAACUGGGAGACCAUCAGGGGAAUCUAACACAGCACCUCCUAGGGCAACACCUUUGCGAUGGGAUCAGCAGACGAUUCAGUUUUCAGUAAAUGCUUGGGUUUUUGUUGUAGCAGUUCUUGCUAUCCUUCCGCUCAUACCUAAAAAUCUUUCCAAUAGAGCAUUUCGGUUAUCUUUUGUGGGAACUGCUUGUUCAUCGCUGUAUUCAUUGUACUCAUUAUAUGGGAAACCGAGAGCGUGGAAUUUGCAAGCAGUGCAAGUGUGGUUUCAAUCAGUAUUUGUCACCAAGGAUUUUAUAUACUUCAUUUACUGCUUGACUUUUGGCACCUCAAAUCUGUACCUGAAAUUUGCUUUGAUUCCUGUACUGUGUCGAACGCUUGAACAUGUUGCCAAGUUCCUGAGGCGAAACUUUACUAGAUCUACCUUGUACAGGAGGUACUUGGAAGAUGCUUGUGUUUGGGUUGAGUCGAACACAACUACCCUUAACAUCUUGUCCUCACAGGCCGAGAUUGGAACUGGAUUUCUUCUUAUUCUUUCACUUCUUUCGUGGCAGCGAAACAUAAUACAAGCUUUCAUGUACUGGCAGCUUCUAAAGCUAAUGUAUCAUGCUCCUGCAACUGCCAAUUACCACCAAAGUGCCUGGGCUAAGAUUGGGAGGACUGUUAAUCCACUCAUCCAUCGUUAUGCUCCGUUCUUGAACACACCUAUUUCGGCGAUUCAAAGGUGGUGGUUUAGGUAGAGGCGAAAGAAGAAAUUGGCAUCGGAUAAUGCUUUCUUCCCGAGGGGUUUUUGGGAGUAGGGUUUGUGAGUAGCAGAUGCAUGGCCUGUAAUAUUUGGUCCACAUUCAAUGCUAGGUAAACAUGAUUAAACCAAUAAUUUUGGUUGAGUUUAAGUGAAAUGUUUAUGUAUUCUCCUAAUAUACCCGACUGUCAUCAGCCAUUCCGUUAAUGUUCUGAAAUUUCACAUGGUGUUUGGGUUAAUGAUGUUUGGCGAAUACAGAGAAUAGUUAAUGAUGUUUUUUGAGUUAAUGAUGUUUGGCGAAUACAGAGAAUAGUUAUGGUAGGGGAUCUGAAUUUGUGACCAUGCAGUUACGCUCCUGUAAUAAGCUGCUAAAUACUGAUAACCAAUAUUGGCUAAAGUAUGGUGGCAUUUUGAGUAAGAGUGUAUACUGCAUAUUGAAUAUUUUGUCUAGGCAUCCUUUGAUAAGAUUUUCGGGUGCAUGUAUUACAUAAUUGCUAGAUGCUCACUUCGUCAUGUUGGAUAUCAUGUGCUUGGUUGGAUGCUCAGCAUUCUUCCUUUCCAUUUUGCCCCUAUAAAACUUUUGCUUGGAGAUUUGGACACGUGUUCUAGACCUGUUGGUUAGACUUUGUCGAAAGGAAAGAUGUUUGUUGAAGGUCUUAGCUAACUUCUGUCCGCUCGGUUUGGUUUGAGUUGGUACUUUCCAUAUAUGUCUAGUUCGAUCCUCAAUCUAGUGGAUGGCCUAUUAAAGCAGGCAGGAGGCAGGCUGUUGCAAAAUUACUGACGUCUCUGCAUUGAGAUCGUGAUUAUCUCAAAAUAGUAAACCUUACAAGGGAAUGUUAAGAUUGCGGGGGCCUGUGAUGUGUAGGGGACCAAGAAAGUGACCUUGCCUCUUAUCUCUUCCGAUUGUUUGCCAGUUUGGGCAGUGAGGAGUGUGCCUCCAAAUGAGCCAAACAUUAUUACCCCGAGAAAACGUGUACGUACAUACAUUAUCGAUUUUGCUUAUCUUGAUUUUCUUUCUUUCUUUUUUUUUUUGUUAGCUUUAAGUUGUGUAACCUUCCACAUAAUUAUUCGUCAUCAUCGUGAAAGGCAAAGUUGAAGUUUAAAGGUGGUAUUAGCUUUUGGUCCAACGAAUAACGCUGGUGGGGUUCCUGAGCACCUGAACCACGUGUUAAUACAAAUUUUGAAACCUUAAAAAAUUCGAUGUGUUCGCUUGGCCAGUGCUGGAUAGAACUUGCGGGAAAAUGAUAGUUACUGGAUUUUUCACGAGAAUGCAUCAGCGAAUGCAGAUUGAUAAGUAUGUAUUGUUUGGCCAGCAGUGUGGCCUAAUAGUCGUUGUGCCAAAUUUUGUGAGGACGGGACGGGGAAAUUGUCGAACCAGGCAGGCAUCAAGGUUCAAAAUGCAAAUCAAUGUGUACACUUGUUAGUUGUUACCAUUGGGAUGAAAAUACUACACCUAGUCAGUACA